AUGGCAGGCACGCGCUUCGCCCGCCUCCUCCCCUUCAGCGCCGCCACGACGCCCCUGCAGGCGACGACCUACUUACUGGGCAUCAGUCUCUUCAGCAUCUCGUUCCUGGUUUUCCUCAACAGCGCCGUGUCGUUCGUCAUCACGGAUUUGUUGGACAUCAAGCGUGGUGUUGGCGACAUCGUCGGCACGCUCGGCUUCGUAGACGAGCUCGUCGCUCUCGUCGCCUGCCCGCUGUGGGGGCUGCUCAGCGACCGCCUCGGCGUGCGCUGGGUCGCCGUUAUUGGUUAUGCGGUCAUCGGCGUGAGCUUGUUCGGCUUCGUGCAGGCCCGGAAUGUCUACCCGGCGCUCGUGCUUGCGAGGAUGUGUUUUGCAGUCGGGGCUACGGCGGCGGCGACCAUGGUCACGGCCGUGUUGCCUGUGUUGACGGAUGAUGGGGAUGUGGGGGAGGUGGCAGGGAGGGAGGAGGAUGAGGAGGGACGAUUGGAUGUGGAGGACGCCGAGAAUGGCGAUGCGGACGGGAGUGACGAUGAGGACGAGGACGGCGGGCGGAAGCGCCAAAAUCCACGCUACAGCGUCGCCAUGAGCCUCGAGAGCGACGUCACAAUCACGCCAGAACGGUUCCUAUCCGAUAGCCAGCUCAGACGGGGCAGCAGCGUCAGCCACGACGGCGCAUCGUAUUACGACUACUCGGACAGUGGACACGGGGGAAGGGGCAAGAAGCCGUCUGCGCUCGCCGGAUACGUGGGCCUGUUCACGGGCUGCGGCGCCCUCGUUGCGCUGGUGCUGUUCCUUCCGCUGCCGGCACAGUUCUCGAAGAAGGAGGGUGUCACGCCCGCGCAGGCCAUAACGGAAAGCUUUUACGUCGUGGGCGCUGUCGCGCUAUGCGUGGCCGUGUUUGUGUUCUUUGGCCUGCGCGGGCUGAGGGGCGAGGAGGGCAAGGGCUGGCGCAUGCUGCUCGGUCUGCGGAAGAAAGGGGCGCAUAACUCGUCCAGUACCCCCGUGGAUCCUCCCACUUCUCACGAUGCCGCCUACGUAGGGACUUCAACCUCAACCUCCUCUCCUUCCACCUCCAACUCCCCCAACGGCGACAACGGCACAGUCCCGGCCUCCCGCAAACCCACCACCACUUCCCACAACGAUUCCACGACGCCCCUCCCCUACCGCCACCUCCUCCUCACCUCCCUCCGCCUCGGCGCCACGGACCCGCACAUCGCGCUCGGCUACCUCGGCGGCUUCGUCGCGCGCGCCUCGACCGUUGCCAUAUCACUCUUCAUACCACUCUACAUAAACGCCUACUACAUCAGCAACGGCUUCUGCACGGGGUCGCCGCACGACCCGUCGCCCGAAUUAAAAAAAGAGUGCCGGGCCGCCUACGUGCUCGCCUCGAUCCUCAGCGGCGUCGCGCAGCUGUGCGCCCUGUUGUGCGCGCCCGCUUUUGGGUACGUGGCCGCGCGGCGCUGGCGCGGGAUUAAUGUGGGCGUUGGGGUGGCGGCGCUGCUGGGUGUCGUGGGAUAUGUGGUGUUUCCGCGGCUAAGGAGCCCCGAGUUCAGGGACGUGGAUGGACGCGGGGGCGAUGCGGUUGUGUUUUUGGUUGUUGCCAUGCUGGGCGUGAGCCAGAUCGGCGCGAUUGUGUGUAGUCUGGGCUCGCUUGGCCGCGGGGUUUUGGGUGUGGCGGCGGACGACGUGCCUGUUUUCGCUCCCGGGGGAGAUGGUGCUGGUGGUGCUGAUAGAAGAGGGGAUGCGGACAACGACGAGGGCGAAAGGGCCGCGCUGCUCGAGAACGGCCACGGUCACGGCAGGAGGGCCGCCGUCGUGUCGCGUGUCCACCUCAAGGGCUCCAUCGCGGGCGUGUACUCGUGGUGCGGCGGCGCCGCCAUUUUGCUGCUCACUAAACUGGGCGGCUACCUGUUUGACGUGACGUCGCGCGGCGCGCCGUUCUACAUGAUGGCCGUGUUUAACGGCAUCCUUCUGGUGGCGAGUCUGGGGAUGGAUCUGGGGAGCGGGUAUAGGGAUAGGCGGAGGAGGAGGGACAGGGGAGGUGUCUAA